UCGCGGAAAAUCAACUACUCCCUUGCGUCUCUCUCUCUCACUCUUCCCUUCCUCCUUACGGAAAAACCCCAACUCCGGCGGCACAAACCCCGCCCCCUCACCCAACCCCAGCCACAAACCCUAGCGCGAGGAACCACAUCCAUGCGGUUCGGCACGCGCAAGCGAGGCGGAGGCGGAGACCACAGCGUCGCGGCGGCUCUCGGCACCGUGGGGCUCGGGAACUUCGCGGCGCUCGCCCUCCGCGACCCGCCCGACGGGCUCGAAGUCGCCGCCGCCUACGACGACGCCUCGGGCUGCAUUACAGUCUCUGUCGGUGGCGCAGCCGUUUCCGCCUCCCCCGCGGACCUCGCGGGCGCCCUCGCGUUGCCGCGGGGCCCGGUUGGCCUCGCCACGGGGGCGGACCCGGCCCUCUUCUCCUCGGCGGAGGCGAUCGCCGCUGUGAGGGGGUUCGUCCGCGAUCGCGUGCUUCUGGGAGGUGGAGAGGACGGCGGGGCUGCGUUUGGGGAGGUUGCUGCCGCGUUGCGGUUGGUGGAAGAGGGGAAGGCGUACGAGGUGGACUGGGUCGGGUUGGUGUGGGCUGUGCUGAAGGCCGGGACGCUUCAGCCAAGGCGGUACGCGCCGUACCUUCUCCGUCUGAUGGAGUACCAAAGGCCGGAGCUUUUCGCGGAGGUUGAUGGGAGGUUUCCAGUUGGUAAGAGAUGCAAAGGUCAGAUGUUGCAGCAAUGCCAGUGGACGGGCGAGAACCUGGUGAUUUGUGGGGACCAUGAGGUGGAGGAGGAGGAAGGGGAGGAAGAGACCUCCUUGGUUUAUGGGGUAAGCCAGAACAUUGGGGACUUGGAGGAGAUGCCAAUAUUCGGAGAGGGCAAGGAAGUUACUGCUGCUGUCCCUGUGGAUUGCAAGAGAGCAUUUGUGGAGGGAGAAGGGAUUCAUGGACUGAGCCAGGGAAAUGCUGAGUCUGGAUCGCAGAACUGCUUGCCUUCAGAUGCCAAGCUUUUGGGCCAUGACAUGGAGUGCGAUGACGGGGAACGAGUUGCUCGUGGGAAUGCCAACAACCAGAGUUGUGCUGAUGAUUCUUCUUUGGACAGGCACCUCUGCAUAAUGGAUGAGCGAUAUGACUCCUCAAGCCCUCAGCAGUUGAUCUAUGGGAUCAAGUCACAACCUGGAUCCAAUCUGCAACGCAUAAUUGAAAUCGAAGAUGAAGACGAUGACAAUGACAAUGUGGGUGUUGGCCCUAGCUUUCCUGUCACCAGUAAUGUUCCUUUGGGCAUCGCAACUUAUCUUGCGCAACAGCAUAGGGGAAUGGAGGGCAUUUGUAAUGGCCAAACUUUUUCGCCUUUCAAUGGCUGCCUACAACAAAUCAUUGGUCAUGUGCUUCGUGUGGAUAAUGGAUACCUGGGUAUGCAAACAGCUUGCAGAGACACUCAAGCUGAAGUGCAGCGCAUGAAGGAGAUGGUGGCCGAAAAAGAGCGCAUAAUUGCAGCUACUAAUUAUGAUAUACUGCAGGAGCUUGGAGUGCGGAACGCUGAAAUGUGCCGACUGGAGUUGAUGAUCCACACCGCUCAACAAUACAAAGAGUUACUCAAGAAGCUUUCAGCUAAAUUUCAGAAGUACAGGAACAUGAUGUUGCGUGGGAAAGGUGUCGACCUAUAUUUGGAUGUUCUUGGCAUCGCUGGUGAGCAGAAUCCCGCUUCGGUGCAACAACUGCAUGCCUGUCAUCAUCAUCAGGAGAUUAGUAGGAUUCAACAAACUUGGGAUUCAGAGUCUUUGAAGCUUUUUAGGAAGAUAACAGAAGUGGAGACGGGCAUAGCAGACCUCAACCAUGAAGUGCAAAGACUUAAGGAUUCCAGAUCAAUUCCAGACCUCAACAGUGGCAUGGAAGAUGAUGGUGAGGGCGAAGCCUCCAUGAGCAAGACGGAGGACAUACUUUGGGCAGGUGAAGGAGGUCGUGUCAGUAGCACCACAGAGGGAGGAAAGCAGCUUGGUGAAUUAACGGCAAACCCUGAUCAGAGGAAUGAAUGAAGCUGAGGAGAGCAUGAAUGUCAAUGGAGUUCAGGGAAGGUGGUAUGAAGAUGAAGCAUAUCGACGGGAUGGAGCCUCACAGGGCACAAGUUAGGCAGAAGAAUGUUACGCUGGUUGCAGUUUGGUUGAAUGGCCAGUCGUGUUGAACUUAGUGUCAUGCAAUUGUGCUGAUCUGAGUGUACUAGUAUUUUGUCUUGUGCACCUUAGAUGGUGGUGUUUAAGGUUGUCCCUAACCAACUACUUUGUUAGAAUGGUUUAACCAGUGGAAUGGAUGGUGUUAUGGUUUGGA